UUUUACAAAUAUUUUUGAAAAAACCUUCACCAAGGUCUUUGAAAAGACCCACAAAACCAAUUAUUAUUCGAGUUCUUAAAUAUGUAAAGAUUAAUUUGAUGUUUGUGUUUUAAGAGAGACUGUAAAUGCAUUGAACCAAUCAGAAAGCCUGACACAGAUCUUCCAAAUGGCUGUCGGCUGGUAUCUGGUUUCACAGUUUGGAGAGUUUAUAUGUGUGAGGUCUCACUCGUACCGGCUCAAACACGGUCGGUUGCCUUCAGAACCGAAGAUUGAAGAGAUUAAAAUAUAUCUAUAUUCCCAAAGUGAUUGACUCAAAGAAACAAGAUCAUUUUGGAGAAAGCUUUCAACGUCUUUCCUGGCUGUAUCUUUUGAUGGAGGAAUGGCCAUACCUACCAUGUUUCAUUCUAGCAGGCUUACAGAGGUGAAUGAGACGACCACAACGUCGGGCAGUGAGUGUAAAAAACACCCUGGGGUCCAGACAAGAGUUCUGGAUGAACUUCAGACGUUGGACACGGAGGACGAUGAAAUAUUAUACAUCAGUGCAGAGCCAAGAGGUGGGGAAUGUCAGACCUUUGACGUUACUAGUAAAGAAGACAGCAGCGUUCAAUCUUACAUCAGCAAUAGGUCUCUCUCAGACACAUCAUGCACUUCAGUUGAGGAAGAGAAAAAAGCUACAGCUCGCUCCCUUAGGAAACAUCACCGAAAACACAGAACGGAGACCAAACGUGUAAGAAAACCCAGAAAGACUUGUAGAGGACCUGACGAUGAGCAAGAAAGAUUUAAGAGUGCUGGAUCAAAAAGUCGCAAUGAUCCAAUGUUUUCCAAAUUGAAAGUCCAGGACACUCAAACCCCAGACCCCCAAAACGGUCAAAAAGUCAAUCUUGAAGAUGUCCACCCUAGCAUUACCUGUUUAUGUCUUCACAGACUGAAGUUAGACUUUCCUUCAACCAUCGAGUCUCACAGCGUGAUAUCUGACCGUGUGGAACCAAAGUCCGACUCUGUCUAUAUUUAUGCAGAAAGCAUCAAAGGCUUUGAUUCCACUUGUUCUACCUUUUUAGCAAACAGUGAUACCAACAAUCUCAAUGCCGUAGGCGACAACAGCAGUGGACGAGGCCCUGUAUCUGUCUGGAAUGAAAGACUCAGUCAGGACUCUGUGAAUUUGUACAUCUCGAGUGAAAAUAAAUCGAGUUCUGGUUGCAGUACGGAGGCUACGGCAGGCUCAGAAUGUUACAGUAACCGGUUUAACACGAAUACUGAUGACUGUGAUAUUGACUCUAAUUGUAUUUACACAGACUGGGAUAGGAGACACACGAGUACAGUAAGCGACUACCGUUGCAGUCUGGCCGAGGCCGAAUGGGGUUCAGCAUCAUCCAGUUACAAUUCUGACAGCUCGUGCUACACCACUGACCGGGACGAGGAAUCCUCGUACUGUACCAUAGACAGACGGACCUACAGCUCUGAUCCUGACGGCUGUGUUUUGGAGAUUCCUGGUGUCUUGCCGAUAAACAGCAUUGAAAAGAUUCACUUUGAGUCACUGGCAGAACACGAGGAAGAGUUUGUGCCGGGUUGUGAUGAUUUGACACCGGACACCGUAGAUGCCUGCAGAGAUGGAGAAGAUGAAAUGAAUUUAAAGUUAAAUUCUGAGUUGUGCCCCAAACUGAAUUUGGGGGAGCUGGAGGGGGGCGUUAUUCAAACCGACCUCUGCCACUUCUCAGACAUUUUUUGUAAAAGGAUUAAAGAAGCAACACAGGAGAAAGUCUCAGAGAACAUUUGUAUAAAUGAGGGAUUCCUGUUCCACCCUAAACAGUUUCUCCAAGGAAAGAGCUCCAAAUAUCGAGAGGGUCUUGAAUACUCGGUUCUCCGUCACAUCCAGAACGGCUCGUACGGAGACGUCUUCAGCAUCCGAGACAAGCAAACAGGAUUUACAUGCGCCGCCAAGAAGAUUCCUCUGUGUAGUUUUCGAUGGGAGGAGGUGGAAACGUGGAGCAGACUGAACGGUCCUCACGUUCUCCAGCUGUAUGGAGCAGUUAGGGAAGGACCCAAUGUGAUGCUCUUCAUGGACCUAAAAAGAGGCUCUUUAGCUCAGGUCCUGAGAAUGAGGGGUCGUAUCUCUGAAGGUUUGGCUCUUUAUUAUCAUUCUCAGGUGGUUCGGGCUCUUGAACAUCUGCACAGUAGAUGUGUGGUACAUCUGGAUGUAAAAGCUGAUAAUGUUUUACUGUCUGAAGAUGGUAGACAAUGUUACCUGUGUGAUUUUGGCCUUUCCGAAACGCUCAACCAGGGUGGAUACAGCACCAAAACCUUCCGAGGUAAUGUUUUGCGUGGCACAGAGUCUCAUAUGCCGCCUGAGGUGGCGAGAGGAGAUCGGCGCUCGGCUAAAGCGGAUGUCUGGAGCAGCUGUUGUAUGUUACUGCACAUGCUCAACGGACAUCAACCCUGGACACGAUACUUUCCUCAUCCACUCUAUCUGAAGAUUGUGAGUGAGUCGCCUCCUUUAUGGGAGAUUCCACCUGACUGUGACCCCCUGACCUGUGAUGUCAUCAAAGCCGGACUGGUUAAGGAUCCGAGAGACCGACACUCUGCGUCCGAACUGUUGCAAAAGACUCUUAAAGCCCUCAGAAAAGUUUGUGGACUUUCUGGACCAAAUUUAACACCAACAUUUGAGGACUGGCCAAAAGUGUGCUUCUAUCACAAUUCUCAUGUCUCAUCUAACAUGGCGACUCAAAAGCCCCCAGAGUCCGCUGUCAAAACAACGACUCCUGCUGUCUCAGAGGACCUCUCUGCACCCAAAAUCCACUGGGUCAGCACAUGGAGAGAAAGAGCAGCCGAUGAGGACGAUGAUGAUUUAGACUCCACAGAGAAAGACUCGGAGGAGGGCGAAUGGUCAGAAGAUAAAAUGAGCCAUUGGAUGGAGAGAUACUGGGGUGAGGAAAAUAACGACAGAAAUGUUGAACAAAUCCAUGCAGAUGUGAAUGGAGACACUGGACUCGAAGAGACAGACACAGCUAAGGUCACGAUCUCCAAGCAAACGAGAGAUUGGGAAGAUGGAAAAGAUGCCAUAGAAAGAGAAACUUGUGGCAUUAUUGAUAAUUUAACAGAAAAGAGAGUCGUGUUUAGAGCUUGUGGUGAAAAUGGUCUUUUAGAGGAACCGGAGAGCUGCGAUGUUCAGAUCAGAAGCUUUGUGGAUGAUGAAGAGACCGAUGAAGAGGUGGAGAGCGAUCUGGAGAGUCUCAGAGAACUGGGCAACGACUGGACGCAGGAGGAAUGGGAACCGUUCCUACAACUCCAGACGCUUUAUCUGCCUAAAGAACUUCAUCCGCAAAGUGACGACACCUUCUCUGAUUCUGAUGAAGAGUCAGUCACGCUGAGGAAGAGCGUUGAGAAGAAAAUAAGUUUUUUGAGGUUUCCAUAUGAUUUUGCAGAGCAAAAGGUGGCAAAUGAGUCUAAUGAACCACAAAAUGUUACCUGCGACUCUGAGCAAGACCUUUCUGAGGAGGAUUCUGAUGAUCUGAGCUCAGGCGUUUUCUCCUCAUGCAGCAAUACAGAUGCUCAAAGCUUCAAUGUUGAUUGGUCUGUGUCAACCAAUCAGACCUCUUCUUGCUACUUUGAGGGUCUUGGUGUAGAUAUAUGGGUUGAAGAUAUAAGUGGUGAGAGUUUAAAGAUCAGAGAGAGACCUCAUGUGAAAAUCGGACAUGUUGCUGUAGGCAUCAGUGAACAGAUAUCUAUGAAAGUCUUCAGUCUGGCUACCCUGGACGGGCGUCUGGUCCCUCCAGAUAUGGAGGUCUGUGAGUCGGGCAUGUGGCUCCAGUGCGUUCCUGCUCCUGAUGGAAGCUCCAGCUGGGAUUGGAGGGUCAGAGAUGGGAAACUUGAGCUCCAGGAAUAUGACGAACAUUCGGAUACCUGUUCAACAUUCCCGCUCUAACACGAAUGACCUUAACAGACAGACAAAACUGGAGUUGUGGACACCCAAUACCUCUUUGUUUUAGCUUUAUGCAACGUUAGCUGCGAGUCAUUUCUACUAAAUUGAUUUAGUUCAUUGGGGAUUUAUUUGAGACACACUAUUGAUAUAUUUUAGGAGUUCUUGCAAACAUGCAAUUUAUGCAUACAAUACAUACAGUUUAUAUACACAUAGGAUUUUUUUUUUAGAAAUUAAAUAAGUAAUAUAUAAAAGAUGUACAGCAAGUUGGAGAGUUAUGUACAUAGUAUAAAACUGUAUAAAUAUAAAUGUUUACAUUAUUUUAUAUUAAUAUAUGGAUGUUUAUUGAUUGUAUUGCUGUGGGUUUAAUGCUAUUGAAGACAUCAGGGUACAAUAUCCCCCUACAUAAGUCGUCAGAUGUAUAAAAGACAGAACGGCCUUUCAGUUUUUUUUCCGGAAAAAGCAGAGCUCUUGGAUGCGUAUGGUGGGCGGAGAUAAAGAGUUGAGUACGCACAGCCUUUGCAUACUAAUCCAAUAGCUGUGACAUUGAUGUAAAUAAAAUAUAAAAUGUUCUUAAAGAGAACCAAUGGUCUGAUUUACGAUUUUAUAUUUCCUUUGGUGUGUAAGUGUGCAUUAGUACAUGUUAACGAUAUGCAACAGGUAAAACCUCAA